CCCCUGUCAUGUGACUCUACAUUGUUAAGCCUAUGAAUGAAUGGUAGUCUCUAUAUGGGCAGUGCUUGCGUGUACGUUUUAAAAUUCUGUCCACAGCAAUUGUCUGAGUACUGAAGUUUGUUACUAAAUUUGCACAAUACUAAAGUUCAUCUUUACACAAUCAUCAGAUUAUUGUUUGCUGUAAGCAGAGGGAAUCCUCAAUUGUUCAUCUGAUACAGUUCUUAUUUGUCUAGAGAAAUAAUUAUACUGGUUUGGGCAAACUUAUUUGUAAUUGUAUGUCUUACAUAAUAAAGUAGGGUGUUGGCUGCCAAGAAUAAGGAGAUUGAUCUGUGCAUUGAGGCUAUAAAGAAAGUUAUAAUGCUUAGGGGCGGCAUGCUUAGGUUCAGAGCUUGUGCUUACCGUUUCAUAUUGACUUUGAUGAACAAAAAACACUGUUGAAUGAAUAGUGUUUCAUGAAUAUUCAGCCACAUCCAUCACUUUGUGUAGCAUUCAAUGAACUGUUCUGCUUUUGCAUAUUGCUUUUCGAAUAGCUUCAACUGUAGAAGAAUACUUAUUACAUGAUAUUUGAUGACUUUCUGAACAGUUUCAGAUUUACAUUGAAGUGUAAGCUGAGCAACGAUGAGCGACUUGAUUGAAAAUUUGCCAGACAUACUGCUUCUUCACAUAUUAUCCUUCCUUCCAACCAAAGAAGCGGUUGCCACAAGUAUUUUGUCUAAGAGAUGGAGGCCGUUUUGGCAGUCACUUCCCAUCCUUGCUAUUCGUGAUGUAGAUUUUCAUGCUUAUGAUCUUGAAGUCUUUGUCCAAUUUGUUGAUGACGUGCUCCUCCUAGGAAAUCUGAAAUUUCUCAACACCUUUAGUCUCACCUGUUGGACAAUUAGGGUGCCCUAUGAGAAGCUUAGCUCUUGGAUCAACGCAUUGAUCCAGAGCAGAGUUGAGAGUAUAGAAAUAUGGUUCCCGUCUAGUUUUAACACUAAGCUUCCUUCCAACAUGUUCAAUUCUAAGACCAUGAAGGUUUUAAAGUUGAAUGGUAUCACCUUCGAUUCUCUUCGCGCAGUUAGCUUACCAUGCCUUACGGUUCUGUAUUUUGAUAAUGUUAGAUGUGCCGAUUUGAAUUGCGUGGCAGUACUAGUUUCUGGAUGUCCUAUUCUUGAGACCUUAGUUUUCAAAAGUUUGGAUACGAAGCAUUAUGGUCCAAUGUUGGACGUAGGAAAGCUUGACCAUUUGGUCGCAGCUCGUGUCCCACCCUCACUACUGCCGUGGAAAGCUCUUGCUAAUGUUAGAUUUCUUAGCUUAAGGUCUACGUGGAUACCCGGUGCCAUGCAUGCUGCAUGGUCACCUGCUGGGGAUAUUCCAACACUUUACAACUUAACCUAUCUAGAAUGUUACAGCAAUAUGUGGACCAGGAUGGUGAACUAUCUUCAUAGCUUCCCCAAGCUGCAAAAUCUUGUAAUUUCUGAGGUUUGAAGAUUUCAACUUGAUUUGUACGUAUAACACCUAUUCUUCAGUUAGUUUUCUAACUCUAUAUUUGUCUCGGUAGGUUGGUUUUGCACCCCCCGAUGAACAAAU